AAGAUGCCAGGGAGUUUGGUCGUGUGACAGCACCUUGACUCCUAGUGUGUUUUUAGACACGAUAGCAACGUCCUACUCACGUGUCUACGAUUCUCAACGUUUUAAACACAUUGAGGAAGAGCGUUUAUAUUUACAUAAGAAAAAUUAAGUGAUUAAGCCAUGUGUCUUGAAAUUGAGUGAUGAAGCUUUGUGUCUUGACAUUUGAGGCCCCGUUCCAUGUAGGAAUCAGUGGCGUGAAACCGUGGUUCUAUAUACCGUAGAGUUGUUGUGAUUUCUAACGUAUUGUCGUAGUACUGCUUAAAACCAGGUCAUGUGUGAUGCGAACAGUCUUAUCUACUCGGACCUACGGGUGGAGGAUUCUGAGGACGUUGUGAAUUUUAUGGCCCAGCACUUUUACCCAAGGGAGCCUCUGAGCACAGGUCUGCACAUGACGUACGAUGACAACAAGGAAUGGAUCCACAGCUCGGUGCGGGAGUGGGUGCGGAGCGGCGCCUCGGUGGUGGCUCGCGACCCGGCGACUGAGAGACUCGCCGGAACGAUCCUGGCCACCGUCCUCACCCGAGACCAGUCCAACACCUUCGAGGAGGCUCUUAAGAGUCCCAAAACGAAGGUGAGAACUCUACAUACCGUGCUGUCUGUCUUAGAGGCAGCGGUGGACUUUUUCUCUCGCUAUGAAAAGGUGGACAAGAUUCUGGAGCUGGCCAUGAUCACCGUUCCAGAAGAAUACAGUGGCCGAGGUGUAGGAAGACGCCUUGUCCAGGAGAGUGAAAACCGCGGGUUGAAACUCGGGUGUCAGUUAGCCACAGCCCAAGCCACGGCCGUGCCCUCCCAGAGGUUACUCUACCGUCUGGGUUACGAGUCGCUCUACACCAUGGACUACACCACCUUCGAAAUCGCUGGCGACCGCGUCUUCGACAUGGACAGAAUGCUGGGAACGCCCUCGGCGAAAGUCAUGGCCAAGAUCAUCGACAAAGAUCUGAAGGAAGAAGAAUUAGACAGACAGAACGCUUCUUUGUAAUGCACGUGUGCAAUAUCCCUGGAGUAGAGCUGUUUGUUUCCAAAGAUUUCCCGCCAAAAAACUGACCCCUCAUCCACCAACCCGCCCCGAACAAUAUUCGUCGUAGGCCUGCCAGCUUUUGCGUGUUCGAUUAUUCUUGCAUCAUCUCACUCCUUUUUUUUUCUCUCUCUCUACGAAUGGCGUUAGUUGGCCCCUAAAAAAAAAAAAGAAAUGUUAUACAUAUCAUAGCUCUGUAUUUUUAUAUUUGCAUUCUAGCAUCAUCUUUCAUGAAAAUACCGUAUUGAUUUCAGAAUACUUUCUUUUGGAAGAUUGACCGGCACGGAAUGGCUUAGUUAUUCGUCUUAUUGUCGCUACGAGCGCACUAAAGAAAGAAAGCCCUUUCAUUCCCCUGUUGUAGUGUAAAGUCUCUGACACGGAAAGAAAACGAACAAUGCUGAUGCAAAUUGGGACUUUAUUUUCUUAAGUUUGAGAGUGGCAGAGGAAUGAAGCUGCUAUAAGUCUAGGGUUUCCUUUGCAGCCUGCAAAAUUCCACAUUUUCCAUCUGCCCCUUCGCAGUAACUCCUGUAAAAGCCAAGAAUUCUCUACGGAGUAGAUGAUUGAGUGAUCUGAGAAACUGGGUGCUAAGUAGCUCUUCGGAGGAAUGCUAAAUAGCAACGUGAUACUGACGGGGAAGACUGGUAUAUGACAGUUGAAGCAAUUCUCGAAGGUUCUAUAAUGGUCGAAGUUAGUGACGAUUGCUAAGUGCUGCCGAGUCACAAGAUUGCUAUGAAGUGAGAGGUCUUCUGAUUUUUAUAGUUGCUUGAUUUUGUUUUCAGAACCUAGACAGAAAGUUAGUCAUUUCGCUGUAAGAUAUAACUGGUUCAUGGGGAAGAGCAACAUGCAUUGAGUUUCCUGAGAGCAAGAGGACUCCUUAUGAAGGAUUUUAAAACUUCAACACAUUUCUCACACAUUUCACAAAUUACGGUAUUAUAAAUGAAAGGGGGUUAUAUUUAUUGUUGUUAUAAAGUCGGUUGCGAAGGAUAUAGGAUAAGCUAAGAGCUUCAGGAAUAGACAUAUACUUUAUUUUGUUUUCCAAAUCAUAAACUUCCAGUGUCGUUUUGUCUAUAUUUUUUGCAGCUCUGUUGUAUUUCUUUGGUCUGAGAAUAUAUUACACAUAUUAUAUAUUUAGUUAAUAAAGAUAUCGAAAAAUGUGAUGUUGAUAGAGUAUAGGGCAUUUAUCAGAUGUUGCUGAGAAGUAUAAUAGUAGUUUUAAUUUGAAUAUGUUUGAUGUUAUACAUAUAUAUAUAGCUAUAAUGUAUAUGAAUCGUUUGUUUGGCGUAAGAACAUUACGUUGUAUCCAUAGAACGAUAGUGGUAUGAAUAACCCAGUAGUCAUAAUGUUGUCAUUCGCUGUAUAAUUGUGAGUCAUGGAUGUAACUGACAUGAAACCACAGCUGUCAAUAUCGUUCGUCAACAGAUUCAGUCUUCCACAACCAACAAGAAGAAAACAGUUGGAUUAGGAAGGCCUGGAUUGUUAAUGUCCUAUGUACACGGCCUUGGUAUUUUUCUUCUGAUCAGUGUUUUGAUCUAAGGCUGAGGCUAUAUAGAGGCAUCAGAUAAAGGUUCUAUUUCGUAGCACCUACUUUGAAAGAAAGCACAAUAGUAGACGUAUUGGUAGGUACUUCAGAUGAGAACUAAGGUAAAUUUGCGUACAUACGGAGGAUUGGCUCCAACAAGUAUUUAACAGCGGGACUGUUGCUUGCUGGCCGUAUCCCAGGUACUUGCGUAAGUCUGCACUUUUAUUUUGUUAAAUUCAAGUUACCUGUUGUUAUAUAUAUUAUUAUAUGCAAACUGCAUUCUAUUUCUUACUCAGUGAUCUGAAACUUUUCCUAACUUUUUCAAGUGAAUAGACAACCUGUGUUAAUUCUUGCAAAGUAAUGGCAAUCGUGUCAGACUGUUAGUCAUCAUGAUAUAUGGAUAAGGACGCUGAUCUCUCUCUCUCUCUCUCUCUCUCUCUCUCUCUCUCUCUCUCUCUCUCUCUCUCUCUCUCUCUUUCAUUUCAACGCCCAGCUGAUGAUUCCAGUUACUGAACAUGCACACUAUGAUGCAGCCACAAUAAAUUGUACACACUACUGCU